AUGACCGGGAUCAUGUCGCCGCAGGCUUGGAAAAUCACCUUUUAUUGCGUCGGCUCCCCUCACUCCUCUGCGGCAUCAUGCAGAGAUCCACAUUCUCUCGAUAUUAUUCCAUCAGCCUGGCCACCGGCGGUUAUUGGCUCGCCCCCCGUUCAUUCUACGCGGCGGCCGACGGGCAGCAGAACUUUGAUAAGAAACGGACAGCCGGUCCCUUUCCUGGCGGUUUUAUCUAUGCGACGGUGCCGGGACAGGGAUCGUAUUGGUCCCUCCUCGUCUCAUCCCGUGCUUUUGGCGGCAUUGACGUGGACUGCAUGGACGAUGAUCAUUGCACGGGAGACGCGAGACAUGGGAUGGCGAGAUAGCGGACUGCUUAUCCCGGGGACACUCCUCUUUGCCAUUUCUGCUUGCGAGCUUGCUUAUUAUGAGGACUCGUACCGCAGGGUCGUUCUAAGCACGGUCUGUUUGCGUGAUUCGAGUGGUUGA